AAAAACCUACCAGUUUGGGUAGGAAAAGCCCAUGUGUGGCAACACUGCUUGCUACUCAAACUUUGAAAGUAUGAAUGCAUUUUCUCAGUACGUCCGAAAAUCAGCGAGCUUGGCCGGAUCCCAAGUAGUAGACACGUUUGGCCUUGCAAAUUUUUCAAGCAAACUUCAAAUGUUUGCUAAUGGCUACUACAUACAUAUAUCUAGUAAUAUCUUCUGCUGAUAGAAACAUGUGUACGUGUCUAAGUCAUUUGUGUUCGCACCAUCUAAGAUCUUUCUUCAGGCAACAUAAUAAAUAACGUCUGUGACACAGCAAACACAAAUGGGACCGCGUGCGAAUAAGCAUUGAUAUCGGAUUGCAUGCACAAUCAGUGUAUGUAAUUCAACUACUCGAGUCAACACUUCCGAUCGCACAUCUUUGCGCUACGUGCUACGUUAAGAAAAUCAUCAGUGACAACGCUGCGCAUACAACUGGUGAUAUCAGUUACCGAUAAGGGCGCACAGCUUAAAGAAUAAAAAUCAAUAUGUGUUUGGCAUAAAAGCACUAAACCGCGACUGCUAACGACUAGAAGACAACAACGUUGCCUAACAACGCGGACAGGCAGACAGACGGCACGGCGGACAGUUUAUGUGCUGAGUAGAAUUUUUUUUAAUUUUUCGCCGGCGCUUUUUUGACUUAAUAAUGCAACAAAAACGAAUUUAUUUACAUUCCCUCUGCCUGUUUAGCGCAUUUGUGUAUUUUACGUCUAGCAAGAUCAACGCUAGCGGUACAAAGGACGCGAAGGACUUAGAACAACAGCAACCGACGGUUGAGGCUAUACAGCAGCGAAAUUUUGAAUUGUUGCAAGACACGUUGCCGCUCGGUUGGAAGGCCUUCUGCGAAGCUCCCGUUGACGAAUCGGUUAUGCUGCUACACAGCGGCAUAAAUCCCUGCGAUGCCAGCAUCCACGUAAUGACGCUGACUAAUCAAAGCGUACAACUGCCCAUUAAAGCCAUUUCGGAAAUACGCGACUACGAUAUCAAUCCCAAACGUAAGACGCUCAUCUACGUGAAUGCCUACUACACCGCUGACACCUAUUUCAGCGUGCAAGCGCAUCUGAAGCUGCUGCAAAUGACACGUCGCGAUCUGAAUAUUGUUCUCGUGGACUUUGCCAGCGAUGUGCUACAGCUGUACUACACGGUGCGGCAUCACGUUGCCGUACAGGGCCACUUUGUGGCGAAAAUACUUAGUGCAUUGACGCAGCAUGGCAUCGCCGCGGAGGACAUCACCUUGGCGGGUCAUUCAGUGGGCGCUAACGUAGCCGCGCUAGCUGCGACCAUCUACGCUAGCCAAGCGUCAACCGCCGGUGUGCGUAUGGGACAAUUAGUGGCCAUUGAUCCGGCGCUGAUGUGUCAAUCGUCCGACAUGCACGUGCAUGCGAAUGUUAGCACGCGCGUAAUAGUCAUACAUGGCGAGGGCGAUGUGUUUGGCGUGCGUGAGCGACGUGGCACGAUCGAUAUCUAUCCGAAUGGUAUAGGUUACUUUACGCGUCGGAAAUUGCAACCAGGUUGUACCACGAAAAGUUGCAGCCAUAUGUACGCGUUCGUUUUGUUUAUGGAAGCGCUGGUCGAGGGUGUUAUGAUACCGGCAGUGAAGUGUGAUAGCUGGUCACAUUUCCGUAAACGGCAAUGCGAUUUCAACGAUGCGGUGGCGAUCGGUUUGAAAUAUCCCGACAAGGCUCGAGGCGUGUACUUUUGCUUAACGCAACCAAAUCCGCCAUUUACUUUCAUGGAAUACGGCAUAAAGUAUCAGCGCAGCAUGGUUUCGGCAGUUGAUGCGAAUUCAGUGUAGCAAAUGGGUUGAUAGUAUAAGUGAGAGCAUAAGACUUGAAAUUAAAUGAAACAGGGAGGAAGGCAUAGUAGCAGCCUGAUUAUGGCAGCUAAACUUAACUUCACUUAACGGAACUUAGAACUUAGAAAAUCAAAAUGAAACUGAUUUCGGCGUGGCAUUAUGUUACGUUAAGUUUUGGCUGUUCAAUUAUAAGCAAUAUCUAUUUAAGAGAAUUUUUGAGUGAGAGCCUGUAAGUUACGUUAAGUUGUCAUAAUUAGACCAUAAGACAUCCAUAAUUUUGUAAGUCAUAACAUUGAAAGCUUGGUUUCGGUAACUUUAUGUAAUAGAACCGUUUUUACGUAAAGGGUAUGUAGGCACAAUCCAAAAGCUUAACUAUGUCAUUUCUGUUUAAAAAUAUUAGUUAUCGAAGGUCACGUUAUGGAACUUUGACUGUAGGUAUGCCUAGUGAUAAUGAAAAAAAUAAGUAAAAACAAAAAACCGAAUUUCCAUUUUAAGAUUUAAGUAUGUAAAUGGAUUUGUGAAUUUUUUAAAUCGCUCCUAGAAGAUCUAUCUAUGUGUUUAUUUGAAAAUAAAAAUGCAUAACGACGUUGAGAAUUCCAGAAAUCUGAGAGGAACUUACUUCAACUAACUGUCUGUUGAACCUUAAACCAGAAACCUAUGACUAGAUGAAACAAUUGUCCAUUAAGAAACAAAAAAUAAUCUGAAGUUUUUGGUGAUAUGAUUAGGCAUGGUCAAAUCUAUGCUUCUGUAAAAGAAAGGUUUUAAUAAAUCCUUUGGUUUCAAAGUUAUAUGCAUUCGAAUGUGCACAGCCGACGUUUGAAGUUCAAAGGGUUGUGUCAGAAAGUUUGAAAUUUCUAUGAAAUGGGUAAAUGAAUAUUGCAAGUUUUCCAGUAUCCCAUCCACAAUGAAUGUAGGAGGACAUUUGCAUACUCAGUUGUUGUAAAUUUUAGGUUUUUGACAGUUUUUUUCUCAUAAAAUUUGGGCACUGGCUGCGUUACACAAAACACUGGGCGCGUUACAUGUACGGUUCGCUUGGGCAAGGUUUAACCAAAAGGCUUUGAACAUCCAUUUUUUCAUCGCAUUCCUAUUCUGUCAUCAACAGCAAAUGUUUGAGCUAAAAUUGGGUAUGUAGUUUCUUUUUUCUAUUGAAGGAUUAAAAAAUAUAACUAGAGUAUCCUUAAAAAUUCCAACUAGGCCAACAAUGUUCCUACAGUAAAGUUUUUGAAUGGAAAAUCUUCGUAUUAUCGUCGCAAGUGUGAGUUCUGGGCAUCGAAGUUCUGAGUAUCGAAGUCCUUCUCUCUCAAGCGGAAGCGUAGUUCAUACUUAUACUACGAUGGACCAGAAUUGGAGAGGAGAUCUUUCCACCUUGUGGUCAGCCUACAACUACCUAUUUAUUCUUUCUGGAGGCUAUAAUUUUACGUGUAAGAAGAGCGUGCAGGGGUGACCUUCCUGGUAGAUAAGUAUAUACAGGCCCAUGGAGAGGCGAGAGAAAAGGGGAAAAUCAUCCCGGGCCCGGGCUUUUUAAGAGGCCUGAAAUAUCACAACGAAAAACUGUUCUUAGUUUUUUACAAUUUAAUUUUGAA